CUUCGUAGAAAGCACAGGCACAAGUCCGGUUCGAGCACUACUGCCGUCCCUAUGAAAACAGAGCUUGGGGACAGAGUAACUGGCUGCUUUUGCGCUUUUGGAUGGGCGAGGAAUAUGCCUACAAGGAUUCAAGGAUGGCUGCCCCUCCAUCAGGGACUUUGUCGCAGUCGCUCCAGAAACGAAACACACACAGGAUUGCUGCACAACGUGGCCCUGCCAAUCCCUCGAAGCAUUUUCAACGACUGAUUUGCGCCAAGUUCUUGGAGGACGAGCCCUGUGUCAAUUGAAUUGGGCCUUUUCUGGAUUUAUUUUGCUACUGCAAGAGUUCGAAAACACCGCUCAGAGGCAGGAAACCAUAUACAUAUGCCCUAUGCCAUUUUCCAGGGGCGUGUAUUCAUUCAUUCGGAUCACGGCGCCAUGUUUUAUUCGAUGUACGUCUACCUGUCCAACCUGCCACGCCUCCAUGUCCAGUGCAAGGCGGUGGUGGCCUAUAUGGUCUUUUACCUAAUCCAAGUGGUCAAGCGACCAAUAAUCGCCUGUUCGGAGGGGCCGUUCAAGCAGUAUCUGAUCCGCCAGGUGCCGACGCUGGAGAACAAGUACUGGCCCACCUUCUGGUGCGUGGAGAGUCGUGCCCAGACCGUCCUUGCGAGCCUGCUGCGCUCCAAGAGUCUGCCGCACGUCAACUACCGCCGAAAGAUCCUCUACUUGAAGGAUGGCGGCGUGGCCCUAGACUGGAUGGAGGAGGGCUGCGACGCGAGCACACCGUGUAUCCUCAUCUUACCGGGUCUCACCGGCGAGUCGCAGGCGGAGUACAUUAAGUGCCUGGUAUUCGCCGCGCACCAGGCUGGAAUGCGUGUGGUGGUGUUCAACAACCGCGGACUUGGCGGCAUAGAGCUGAAGACACCGCGCCUCUACUGCGCCGCCAACUGCGAGGAUCUGUGCGAGGUCAUCCACCAUGUGCGUCGACUUUUUCCCGCACAGUGCAAGCUGGGAGCCACUGGGAUCUCCAUCGGUGGCUUAAUUCUGUGAAACUAUCUACGCCGCAGGAGCGACGAGGCCAGGAGCUUCCUGUCGGCGGCCAAGAUCAUCUCGGUGCCCUGGGACUUGCACAAGGGCAGUGCCAGCAUCGAAAAGCCGGUGAUCAACAGUCUGCUGGGACGCCACUUGGCGGGCAGUCUGUGCCGCACCCUGCGCACUCAUCUCGACAUCUAUAGGGACAUUUACCAGGACUCGGACAUUGAUAUUCAGCGCAGCUUGCGCUGCACGACCAUCAAAGAGUUCGACGAACUGUUCACGGCCAAGCAGUUUGGCUAUGCCCAUGUGAAUGACUACUACUCGGAUGCCACGCUGGACAACAAGCUAGAUCACAUUUCGAUGCCGCUGCUCUGCCUGAGUGCUGCCGACGAUCCGUUCCAGCCGCUGGAUGCCAUCCCCAUCAAGGCGGCCAAUCAGUGCACCCAUGUGGCCAUCGUGAUCACUGCUCGUGGCGGGCACAUCGGCUUCCUCGAGGGCUGGUGGCCGUCCACCAAGGACCAGUACAUGGGCCGCCUUUUCACCGAGUACUUCACCAAGGCGCUGUUCGACGAGGACGGCGAGUUCGAGCAUACGUCCAACAAGAUGCAACAGCACAAGGCGCGCUACCACUUUAAGCCGCUGGAGUGGCAGUGCAGCAGAUGCGACUACAAUGGGACUUUCAGCAGCAUCAGGCCAUGCACGCCGGACAGAGGAACUACACCUGCGAGGUGUGUGGGCACAGCUGCAAGACCAGCUCCGUCUUGGCAGUCCACAGGCGCACGCACGACCAGCCGAGCUUACAAUGUAUUACACCUUGAAGAGUCACAUCCGUAAAAUCCACGAGGGCGACAAUGCGCGGAGGUUUUCCUGCAGCAUUUGCUCGGGAAUAUUCCAAGCGAAGGAGAUGCUAGAGCUGCAUGAGUUGGCUCACUCCCAGAGGGAAGACAAGAAAUCGCAGGAGACUGAAGAUCCGGAGAAACUAGAUACACCCUUCAACUAAGUUAUUUUUUAAGAACG